UUGUACCUACUUAGAGGUUUCACUUUGCAUAGAAAAACAUUCGUGGUUGGUCAGCUUUUUUAGAUAUUCAAUUGCGUGUCCCGAUUUCAACUGCUGUCUCAUGCUAACGAUACUUGGUUUACUGUUAGCUUUUCAUAUCGGUAGCAGAGCAUGAUCUUCCUUCGUGAACCAAUGCUAUACUCCGUUCGACUUUGCAGCCCCAUUCAGCCUUUCAGCCGCCCGAACCCAUCACUUCAGAAUCGGCCACCGUUCCGAUCUCAGCUCGGGACGAUACAAAAGAGACAUACGAUGCUAUACACACCUCGCACAUCUAUCACCCCCCACGAAAAAAAAACCCCGCCUAGUCACAGUUACCCCGCUUCACGCCCCGCCAUGUAUGCGCUGUACACCGCUCAGUCGUCAUAAAUAGAAGUGCGCAAUUUCCACCUUGCGCCUCGCUACCAAAAUCCGCACGACACCGUUACAUCCUCUCCACCACCAGCGCCGCCCAGCGUCGCCCCUCGCAAUCA